AUGGGCCUGGGGGCCGCAGGGGCAGCUCGCAGGGGAGGGAGGCUACUGCGCAAGCGCACAGGUGACCAGAGACAGCUGGUGCGCACGAGCCGAGGAUUCCCGCUCAGAUCGCCAGAACUAGUGCACGGGGUCACGUGGCAGCCACGUGGGGAUCACUGUUGGAGCCCAACGGAGGCCAGGUGGGCCGUCUGCAUCGACUGGCUGUGGCCAGGGGCCCAGGCUGGGGCCUCACCCGGCUCCUGUGGAGAGGUAGAUGGUGAGAAUUCUGCUGGGCAGACGGCGCUGUUCCUCGCGGCGCUGCUGGGCCACAGCUCUGCCGUGCAGCUCCUGCUGGCCUUUGGUGCCAGCCCCAACCACCGCUGCCUGGACGGCAGCACACCUGUGCGUGCGGGCGCCUUCUCGGGCUGCAGCCUGGUGAUGCUGCACGUGCUGCAGGCGGGGGGUGACCUGCGUCUGCAUGACCAGCAGGGUCGCAUCCCUCGGGAGUGGGCAGAGCAAGGCGGUUCCAAACAGAGCUGGGAGGUGAGCCAUGGCCGGGGUGGGGUGAGGGCGUCAGGGCAGGCGGCCCACCCUGCCUCACCCCACGUGCCACCCCCUGUCCGGGUGCUGGAGCCGUUACAGCUCUGCUGUGCCCACACAUCAGCACUGGUGCAUGGCAGUGAGUUGGCACCCACUGCGCCCCUGGGCCAGUUGCAGGCCAGCUCUGGACAGAGCCUGUGUGGUGGUCUGCGGCUGACGCAGGCCGACAGGGCACGGAGGCCGGAGCAGAUCAGGAGAACCCCCCCAAAUCCCAGCCUUAGGGUUCAGCCAGCGGACCCCUCGCAGACCCCGAGGAGCUGCUGCCAGCCCGGGGCGAGCCCAACCGCACCUACGAGAGCAGCUCCCACACCCUCAUGGCCAACCUCCCGUGGAGGGGCCACCCCGUGACCGUGACCGUGACCGUGCGGCAGCUGAAGGCACCUGGAGCCCAGCCUGAUGUGCUGAUGCCUGACCUUCAGCACUGCAGGUACGUCACCCCAGUCUUGCCCCCAGGCCAGCCCAGUCCUGCAGAGCAGUCUCCUGCCUGCCCUCCCGACUCAAGUGUUUCGGAAACAGAAGCCCAGGGAGUGUGGCAGUGGCCGCGGUUACAGUCUUCACCUCUGGGCCAGCGCUUGGCAUGAAGCCCUCCUACUGGAGUGACCCCUCCCCACGGGCACGUGGGUACCCAGUUCUGCGCACUGUCUUGUAGGCCUCUGAGAGGAGGCGGGUGUAGGGGGGGGUACCACGGACAGGGUGCUGGUUCUACCACUGCCAGGCUGUGUGACCCGGGGUCUCGGUUUCCCCUCCGUCUGGUGGCUGAGGCAGAUCGUCAGCCCCUGGUGCGUGGUGAUCUGUGCCCGAGAGCAGCCCCUGCCCCGUGUGCGUUGGGGCCUCCUCACGAGUGGCCUGCUCUCCGCCUGCCCCGCGCCCUGCACCACCCCAGCCUGUUGCUGCUGAUGGCACUGAGCCCCUCGGCCGACCCGUCGGGGCUCUGCCUUCUCUUCGAACCCGUGUGGCUGGGACCGA